AUGGCUUCAGCCCCAAUUACUGGUUUCUCAGUUCUUCUUUUCACUUUCUUUUUAGCUCUUUCAAUCUGUUUCUGUGAUGUUUCUGCAUCAGUACUGAAGGAAGACUUCAUUCAGCAAACAUGUAAGAGCACAGACAACUACAACCUCUGUGUUUCACUGCUUCAAUCUGAUCCUCACACCGAAUUAAAGUCGAAUCUCCCCGGCAUUCUGACUAUUUUCAUCGACAUUUCAAUCAACAAAGCGACUAGCAAUCGUUUGUAUGUUGAGAAUCUCCUUAAGACAGCGAAAGACGAGGCGGCGAAGAAAUGCUUGAAUACUUGUAAGGAGAAUUAUAUUUCAAGCAUUUCUAAUCUUCAAGAAUCAUUACCUGAAUUGAAAUCUAAGACAUAUUGGGCUCUGAGGAUGGAUUUGUCAAAGGCUCAAUUGGGUGGUCAUAUCUGCCAAUUUUCAGAUUCUCCUCCUUCUUCCUUCUGUAAAUCGAAUUUGAAAAGUAGAAAUGAUGAUUUUGAUCAAUUGUCUCGCUUCAGUUUGAAGGUUGUGGAUCUUAUUGAUCCCAAUCACAAGCCUCCUUUGGUUUAAUGACUAAGAAGGAGCCAAUGUAAGGUAGAAUUUUUAUUAAUAAACUUU